AUGAUUUGUCUUCAGACGUUCGCCGGAGCGCGCGGCGUCGAGGUGACCGUCGGCCGAAGACCCCCGAAGACCCCCGAAGACCCCCGAAGAGCAAUGCCGGACGUGAAGCAGCGCGUGAGCACGGCCGGCGGCGAGGCCGACCCGAAGCAGAGGCGCGACGACGCGGGCAGCCAGGACGAGUCCCAGACGCCGCCCGGGACUCGGAGGACGAGCAGGACCGCCGCGGAGGACCCGCGCCGACGCAAGCAGGCCGUGGUGGUGACGUCGUGCGCAUGCGCGCGCGGGCUGGCCGUGCCACAGGACCAGCAGGAGGGAGUCCGUCGCAAGUCCAUCCUGCGCAACGGCGGCGCCCAGCCGCCUCCCGCCCGCACGGAGGAAAACGGAAAUAUCAUCAAUAAAGAUACGGCUGAACAUGGAAAGCAUUGUAUGGUGGAUAUUGUAGGUCACAAAUUAGAAGAUUUGAACAUUAAUGUUAAUGUAGAUUCACGCACCGAAAGGUCGUGGUGGCAGGCGCUGUGCGCGAGGUGCCACCAGGCGGACGACGGCGUGCCCUCGUGGGAGCCCCCGCUGUGGCGGUGCCUGUGCCCGCCGGCCUUCUGCCCCUCGUACCGGCAGUUCGCCCAGGUUCUCGCCCUGCUACUGGUCGGCCUGCUCACCUGGGGCGUGGUAUUCGCCGUGCUGGGCGACACCGCGGCUCCGGGCGGCUGCCUCUUCGGCCUGGCGGCGCUCUGCAUCGCCGCGCACUUCGGCGGCUGGGUCUUCUCGCUGCUCAACCUGCCCGCGCUCGUCGGCAUGCUGCUGGUCGGCGCGCUGCUGCAGAACCUGGGGCUCGUGCACAUCCUGGAUGACUACCGGGAGUUCGUCAGCCAUCUCAGGCACGUGGCGCUGGUGAUCAUCCUGACGCGCGCCGGACUGGACCUCGACCCGGCGGCGCUGCGCUCCAUGUGGACCACGGUGCUGAAGCUGGGGCUGCUGCCCUGGGUGGUGGAGUGCCUCGCCGUGCUGGCCAUGAGCCACGCGCUGCUGGGUCUGCCCUGGAUGUGGGGCCUGCUGCUCGGGUCCAUCAUAGCAGCCGUGUCUCCGGCGGUGGUGGUGCCCAGCCUGUUCCGACUGAGGAAGAAAGGUUACGGGGUCUCGAAGGGCAUCCCCACGCUCGUCAUCGCCGUGUCCAGCAUCGACGACGCGCUGUCAGUGGCUGCCUUCGGCAUCAUCAGCAGCAUCAUGUUCUCUUCCGGUUCUCUUACAUUUCAAAUCAUUCAAGGACCAAUCACUCUUAUUGGAGGAAUAGGAUGUGGCAUUCUGUGGGGUCUCCUGUCGAAAUUCGUGCCAGAGAAAAAUGAUCCGUACGUGGUGCCGCUCCGUGUGUUGAUGCUCCUUGGCGGCGGAGUGUUGGCGAUGCUGGGCAGCGAGGCCAUGGGUCUGGGCGGCGCUGGGCCCUUGUGCUGUGUCACGUCAGCCUUCGUGUCCAUAGCGUGCUGGUCGCGGCAAGGCUGGGAGAUAGACGACAAUCCAGUCGCCACGGCAUUUGAAAUAUUCUGGAUGAUAUUCGAGCCAAUAUUGUUUGGUAUAACUGGAACGCAACUUAAAAUAUCUGAGUUGAAUGGAGACACCGUAUUAAUGUGUUUCGCUUGCCUCAUAGUCGCUAUAGUGACGAGAAUAAUAGCUACUAUCUUGCUGGCUUGGGGCAGUAAAUUAAAUCUCAAAGAGAAAAUAUUCGUGUCAUUAGCGUGGAUGUCGAAAGCUGGUGUUCAGGCGGCGCUGGGCCCGGUGGCGCUGGCGACGGUCGCCGACGCAGGCAGCGCCGACGACAGGACGAGCGCCCAGGCCGUGCUGACGGUCAGCGUGCUGUCCAUCCUGCUCACGGCUCCCACUGGCGCGCUGCUCAUCUCGCUGGCGGGCGCGCGCCUGCUCCAGCGCACCUCGGCGCCUCAAGUGCUGGAGGGCUGGCGCCGCAGCCGCAAGCCGUCCAUGCGCGACUUCGCCGUCGAGGAGGAGGCGGCCUGCUCCCGGUAGCCCGGGGCCUCGCCCCUCUGACACCUUCCUCCUCUGGAGCUCCCGAGACCAUCGUAGACCACGGGAACCUCUAGAGAUACCGAGACCAUCGUAGA